UGUAAGUGGAGCAGCACGUCCUCAACAGAACAGACCCGUGAGUCGGCCCGUCUGUCAUUUUUCGUGUGGUGGUGGCCCGAGCGGGUAUAUUUCCAGGCGUUUGUUUGUUUGAGUGUUUGCCAGUCUUCUUGACUCUCUUGCCGUAUUGCUGUCCCUGGGACCCAUCUCUGCCAAUCCUGUCAUCAGAGAGAGCAUCAGCAGCAGCAGUAUCAGCAGCAGCUGGUAGUUAGUCAUGAGCAACACCAACGCCCCCUCUAGCGCCGAACUACUUCAGGAUGACCGAGUAAAGGCCAUCCUAGCAUCUGAUUCGAGUUUCGACAUACUAUCCCAGCGUCUCAAGCAAAGUGUGAAAGCAUGUGAAGAGUUCUCCUCGUAUGUGACCCGAAAGUGCCAUUAUGAGCAGAAAUAUUCGAAGGAAGUUGCCCGGACCACCAACCACUGCAACCACUCGAUCGUCACAAACAACUUGAUUGUUCAGGGUUCGUUCAUUCAGAGUCUACAGAAGGUGAUCCAGUUUGAUGAGAAGGUCAAUGGAGUAAGGGAUCCAUACAUUACUGCGUUGCAGACAAUCUCAAACCAGCUGGAAUCCUUAGCCCACCACUUCACCACGUUGAGAAAACAGUUGAAGGAGAAGGGAAACAGAGCAGAGAAGGAAGUAAUUGAUGCAAUAAACUUGGCAAAGAAGGCCAGAAAUAAAUACUGGAAUCUAUGUUCGGAGCUUGAGAAGGUAAGGAAUUCAGACAAGAAUCAAACAAAGAUUACCUUGCAAGGUAGAAAAACUAACUCUCAACAGGAGGAGGACCUCAAGUCGAAGAUCAAAGACGCCGAAGACGAAUAUAACAAAAAGGCGAACACUUCACAAAGGUUGAAGAACGUGUUGAUAAAAACCCACAGACCCAAUAUUGCCAACGAUUUCAAGAACCUAAUAGUAGAAUUGGACUAUGCAAUGCAAAUUCAGCUUCAGAAGUACUCCAUUUAUACAGAGAGUCUAGUUGUUGGAAUGGGGAAUCAGAUCAAUCCUAUCAAUGGUUCAGACUCAAUGAAAAAAAUAGCCACAAGCGUCGACGUUGAAAAGUGUCUCUAUUACUACCUCAAAGGUUCAACAGUCAAAUCAAACGAGAAUCUGGAGCCUGUUGAUUUCACGAGGCAUCCAAUCGUUGGUGGAAUACUACCAAAGCCCAAAUCAACAACAGCGGCAACAUUAUCAAACAACAGUGGAAAAGCGAAUAACAAUACAACUACGAACAAAGCACUUGCCACCGCUACUGGAAGUACCACCAAUAAUAUCAACUCAAAACCUGCAACACAUAUGAACUCCAAUCCUACCUUCAAUACGUCAGUAAACUCCAACUUAUCUCCACCCUUCACUUCUCCAACUAAAAAUACACAAACUUCACAGUCUGAGUUCAGAUCACCAGCUAGCUCAAAUUCUGAUGCAAUAAUACCUCCGAUACCUUCUUUAGAAAACAAGGCUCCACCUGCUUAUAGUUCAUUGGAUCCUGGACGCCAUAGUCCAUUGCUCAAUGGUCCUCGACCAGUGGAAUCUGAAAUCAACGCCAACUCAUCUACCUCUUCGUUCAAUGAUAACAGUAUUAAUUUCAAUAAUGGCGAUAACCCGGUAGAAUCUUCCCCUGCUUCCACCUCAGAGGAAGGAAAACUGUUUGGUCUACCCCUAGAAGUGUUGGAUAUCAAUGAGGAAGCAGUUCCAAUGUUUGUCACGAAAUGUAUUACUAUGAUAGAGACCUAUGGCUCUAACUCGGAAGGUGUUUAUCGGCUGAGUCCAAAUAAGGCUAAUUUGGAAGAGUUACAAGUGGCACUGGAUAAGAAUCCAGAGAACUUGUCUCUUCUCGAACCUCAGGAUACUACCAACGUUUCUUCUGAAUACGUUUACUUGAUUGCAUCUUUGAUGAAGCGAUUCUUUGCAAUGUUACCUGAACCUUUACUUACUAAUGAACAACGAGAUGUAUACCUACAAGCUGCUCAAUUAAGUGAUAAGACAGAAAGACAAACGAAAAUGCACCAACUCGUUUUCGAGCUCCCUGACUCGAACUAUUUCACGUUGAGGGACUUAUUGGGGCAUUUUAAACGUUUGAUUCAAAUGCCAAGAGUAAGGAUGGAUAGUAAGAAUAUUUCAAUUGUUUGGGCAAACAAUCUCCUGGGUGGAGAUUUUAACUCGAAAGAAGAAUUGGAUGUUCAGCAAAGAGUGGUAGAGGAUUUGAUAGCCUUUGCUCCUUUUAUUUUUACAUAUGAAGAAGAAGGUACUGAGCAGUAGUUAAGCCGUUGGUGCUUUGAAAAUAAAGUAGUUGGUUAUAUCCCUUGUAAAGUUUCUUGUACUUUUUGUUUUUUCCCUCUUUGUCUUUCUCUCUUCUUAUUUACUUUUACUUUCACUUUUACAUUUUUUCAAACUCCAUUUACUCUCUCACUAUUUCUACGCUGAACUAUGAUAGCUU